UCUCCAUCUUGCUGUUGAGUUGUCAUGGCAGGAUAGUUUGGGUUCGGAAUCAAGAUCUUUAGAACGAUGAGGGUUCCCAAGAUGUAGAGAGUUUCCAUUAGAAAGAUUGGAGAGAAAUUGGAGAUAGAGUGAAGGUUUCAUGCUAGGGCUCGUUGCUAUGAAAAUAAACAAUGUAUAUAGAACGACCAUCCUGAAUGUAAUAAACAAGUUUAGCGAUAGUUUGCAUCAACAAACAGGAAAGGUAUAUGACAAGAGGAUAUUAUGUCCUUUUUUGUUGAUGUAGUGCCAGAGGACUCGUUUUACGAAAACCUAACACUUGGAGUUGUUAAAUUGCUAGAAAAUAGUCCGUGUGUAAAAAAUGUCAAAGUGGAGAAAAGAAGUCCUUGUGAGAGAAGUUCAAUAUCCAGCUGGGAACAAAGACAUUGCUGUUUGCUUCCUGAAGAUGUGAAAAAUUUUUAUACUUCUAUUGAUGGUUUUUCUCUUACUUGGAGUCUUGACAUAGCAGGUGAAGAAUUUCCUGUUGGUAAAAUGAUGAUCAAUGAAUUCGCAGCGCUGAAGAAAUUUGUAGGAAAUAAAGAUCAGCAGGCAGAAGCAGAAUCAAAGUCUCAUGAUGAUAUUAAUGUUCCUUCAUUAGGUGCGCGUUGUAAGCUCUUUGAAAUUGAUCAAUGUGGUACAUCUAAAGUUCUGUUGGUUUACAAUAUCAGACCGGAUUUAGAUUCUGAACCCAGUAUUUGGCUUUUUCACGAAGAUAAUGUAGGGAAAUGGUAUCAUUUAUCAGACAGCUUCACUAAAUACUUUAGGAUGAUGUUAGUCCAUCUGGGUUUACCGCUUUGGCAGCAUUGUGCAGUUGGACUUGAUCUGCCUACUUGGGUUGAACAAACCUAUUACUUAGUCGGCCCUCAUUUACUUCCCACUGCUGUCAAAUCCCCUGAAACUGUCUCUACCACUCUGUGGAAGGAUGUACCUUAUAACACCAUUGAUUCAAUUAUUUUUAAAAGCCGUGAUAGUAAACAGAGAAAUUCACGAAAGAAAUAAAUGUAGAAUCAACUAUGUAUGACUUUAGAAAGUAUUUUAUCAAGUUUAAUAAAAUGUUUUUAUUUUUCAA